AUGAACAAAUUGCCUUAUCAACCACUUGGGUUUGUGUUGAAAUUUGAUCCACCCAUAAUUGGAUUGUUAUACCAUCCCAUCGAGAAUAAGAAGGUGAAUAAGAAAAAGAAGAAGUGUUAUGCUAUUCAUUUGAAUAAUUUGAUCUUUUUGGUUGAACCUGAAGAUAUUGUCGAGGCAUUGUUUAAUGAGCAUCAAGAGUUCUUAGAUCCUGAUGUUGUCAAACCACAACAAGUCUAUAAAUUGGUGUUGCGAUUAGUUGCUUACAGAGAUCAUUAGUUAAGAAAUAUGUAAGAAAUGGGAGAAGAAAUGGGUGAUGGUUAUUAUGAGGAGGAAGAGGAAGAACCUGUCUAACAACCAAAAGGUAAAGGAGGAAAAGCAUAGGCAUAAUAACGAAGAGCGAAUGAUAAUAAUAGAUCAUUUUGA